AUGAAAUUUUUCUUGCUAAUAUUUCUACAUAUAGAGAAGGUUAACUAUAUUUCUUUGAUGGGGAAUAGUGGAAACCAAGGGUUGGAACCCUUGGAAAGUGGAUCUAGUAGAUACGGCCAAAUAACAAUAAAUUUAAAUGUUCAUUUCAUUAGAUUACCUACUAUGUUGAUGUCGUGUCAACCCAAACUUUCUAUGGACAUGAUAAUUUUGUACUGAUCCACUUAGUUAAAAUUAAGAGAAACAGCUUAAAAUAGAUAAAAGUGAGAAAACACUUUAAGUAAUUCAUCCCACCUCAUUGUAUUUAAUGUAACCUACAUUGCAGCAUUCAGUAGUCUAAUAAGGAUAAAUGUUUCCCAAACACAACCAAUAGAUUGUUGUACACCCUCGUCUUUGACCCCCACUAAACCUUACUCAACAUAAUUAUCCUCGUUUCACUCCAUUCAUACACCCUCAACCUCCUAUUCCAAUGUCCCCAUUACUCCUCAUGCUUUUUGCAUCUUUUCUAAGGAGAUGAGCAAGUUUACUGCCCACAUUAAAGACCAGACUAAUGAAGGAAAAAUUGGUUAUGUUAUAUCAUUUUUGCAAGCAUUGUCUUGAUUUUUUUUUUUCACCUUAGCCUAUUAUAUUCCUUUGCAUCUUUUGUUGUUGACAAAAAAUUAAUUAAAAAUAAACUCAGAUUGAUGCUCACAUUUAGGGAGAGAUUACCUACUAUGUGCUUUAAUAAAAAUUGAUUUCAUUCUAGUGAAAUGUUUCUGAAAUGUAAUCCAAAUGAUAUAUUUAUCAUUCAACAAUUUAUCACAAAUUUUUUUUUCUAAAAUUUUCUUAACAUUAAAAAAGGGAAGAUCAUUUCUUUAAACUAUUAAUAUUUUAAGUUAUUAGAUAAGGUCCAUUUGUUGUUUGACUGUGAUUUUUAGGUUUAAAAGCAUGAAAGGAAUCAUCUACCAAGAAAUUGAAAUAAAUUAAGAAAAUUUGAUGGAAAGUAUUUUAUAAAGAAGAUUCCAAAAACUUAGAAUUCAAGAUAAGAACAUAGAAAACGAAGGAUUUUUCUCUAAAAUCAGUUAGGAUGCAGUCUAAAAAUUAUUGUAAUAUCAAGUUAGCCAUAACAUCCACAAAGAUGUCUUAAUAAUUCAGAAAAUCGAAGAUAGAAAAUAACAUAUUGAGAUAAUUAAAAACAUGGCCACGUGAGACCACAAAGGCAGUUGACUUGGGUUUUUGAAUAUUCUUUUUCCCUUUCAUUUCUAUUAUUUAGAUUAAUAGGAAAGUGCUUCACAAUGUUUAUAGUUAUCCAGCCACUUGACCUACUACACUCUCCAAGUAGCGCAUAUCCUUUUUCUUGUUUGGGUUUUGCUAAAUGUCUAAUAAAAUAUACAAUAAAUUACAUGCUUUAGUUGUCUUCCCUAGAUUUUAUAGUGCUAACAAACUCAAGAUCCAAUUCAGGAAUCUUCUUCAAAAAUCUUAG